UGCAACCGUCUCGAGGGUCGUCUACUUGUAGUAUUUGCCCCAUGAUGCCUGAUGCUCUUGCUCAAUGGCAGGAUGUGCGUCAUUCUUAAGAACAUGGACGCACUUCCUUUCAUCCGUUUUCCCUUUUCAAUCCCAGGACGUUGCCUUCCUUCAACUAUCUUGAAGAGAGGUUCUGGAAGCGGUCUGAGCCAGCCUUUUGGGAUCUGCAGAUCCUUGCCACGGGGACAGCUAUCGCAUCAAGCCUACAAAGCCCGCGGGGUUCAGCGUGGGAAUCAUGGCCACGUUAAGCUUUGAGGACAAGUCCGAGAUUGGGCAUGCUGAGAACGCAUUGUCCGAGCCGACGACCACGAAGUCGGCCUCAGCGACGAUGGAGCCGCCAGAUCUCGUGAAGGCAAUGUCGCAAGAAGAGCGAAUCGCGUUCGAGAAGCAUCUCGUGCGAAAGAUCGACAUAAGGCUUCUACCUGCCGUGGUCAUCAUGUACAUCAUGAACUACCUGGACCGAAACAACAUUGCUGCGGCGCGUAUUGCUGGACCGAAUGGCAAAGGCUUGCAGGACGAGCUUGGCAUUACCAACACGCAGUGGCAGUUGUGUGUUAGCAUUUUGUUCGUCGGCUACAUCUUGAUGCAGGUUCCCUCGAACUUGGUCUUGAACAAGAUCGGCAUGCCGGCACUCUACCUGCCGACGGUGAUGAUCGUUUGGGGAGUGAUUUCUGGUGCAACUGGUGCAAUCCAUAGCUUUGGAGCUCUUGUAGCGAUUCGAUUCCUUCUCGGCUUCGUCGAGGCGGCCUACUUUCCCGGAGUCCUUUUCUUCCUCUCGUCCUGGUACACGCGAAAGGAGCUGGCAUUACGCACCGCUUUGAUGUACUCGGGAUCGUUGAUUUCUGGCGCUUUCUCCGGUUUGAUCACGGCCGGGAUCACGAAAGGGCUUACGAACGCGCGUGGCCUGCGAGCCUGGCGCUGGAUGUUCAUAAUCGAAGGAUCCAUCACGGUUUUCAUCGCCUUCGGCUGCUUUUUCAUUCUUCCCAACUUUCCUCGAACUACCUCAUGGCUGUCCGAACAAGAGCGACAGCUGGCCGUCUGGCGACUCCAAGAGGACAUAGGGGAGGAUGAUUGGGUCUCGUCCGCGGACCAAGGACUCUGGCAUGGCUUCAAACUUGCAUUCUCUGACAUCAAGACCUACAUUCUCAUGAUAUUACUUCUUGGCGUCGUUUCGGCCGCAUCCGUCACGAAUUUUUUUCCCUCCGUCGUGAGCACCCUUGGCUACGACAACAUCAAGACUCUCUUGCUGACGGUACCACCGUACGCCCUUGGCGUCAUAACUGCAAUGCUCAAUGCGUGGCAUGCAGACAAGACUGGCGAAAGAUACUUCCACGUCACACUCCCGAUGUAUCUUGCGAUCGUGGCAUUCAUCAUUGCCGCUGUGACGACCGCAACUGCUCCGCGAUAUGUGGCCAUGAUGCUCAUGAUUCCGGGCAUCUACACUGGCUACGUAGUCGCUCUCGCCUGGAUCAGCAAUAGCAUUCCUCGUCCACCAGACAAGCGAGCUGCAGCACUUGCCGGCAUCAACGCCGUCAGCAAUGCAGCGCAGAUCUACGCAAGUUUCAUGUAUUACGACGCUCCUCGAUACAUCACACCUAUGAUUGUGAAUUGUGUCACCAUGGCGUUAUCGAUCGUUAUGGCCACGUUACUACGGUUCAUUCUUGUCCGUCUGAAUAGAAAACUCGAUCGUGGUGAAUACGUUGAAGGAGCUGUCAACGCUGGCAGCGCUAUACCAGAGGAGGCAGCAAGCAAGGGCUUUAGAUUCUUGGUCUAGCACAAUCUUUUGUCAACUAACAAUGAAUCCGUCAAUCGACGCGAAAGCUUUCAAAAGUGCUUACGUUGGCCUUGUGUCAUCUUUCCAUGGAGAUAAAGACGUAUAAUAGCCAGUGCUAUUGUGACC